AUGGAAAUACUCGAAGGCGAAAGAAAAAACUCAAAAAUUUAUUACCAAAAUGGUUACUAUUAUCGUAAAGACAAAAAAGCAACAGAAUCGUAUGGUGGCGGUUUCAAAUGUAAGGAUGAAUUUUGUAGAAGUCGUGCAACAAGUGAACCAAGCCUAGCGUUAGUUCAAAUAACGCCGCAUAAUCAUUUGCCAGAUUUUGAAAAAAAAGAAAUUUUGAAAUUAAAACAAUCAAUAAAACGAGCUGCUGAAACUACAAGUGGAAGUUUGCGAGAUAUUUUUGACCAAGAAACUGCUAGUAACCAAUCAGCACAUCACGUUUCUUUUGGAAUGAUGGAAAGCACUAUGUAUCGCAGACGUAGAUCAGUGCAACCGCAAUUACCAGCCAAUUGCGGGGAAUUAGACAACUCUUUGAGAGUAAACAACAUAAGUAAAUUUUUAGACGGGACCAAUUUUUACAAAGGGUACGUUUGUAUAAAUAACGAUUAUGCUCACAUAUUUAUCGGGAAAACAGUCGUUGCUUCACCGACUGAUUUGCACGUUGACGGAACAUUUAAGGUAGUUCCGAGAAUGUUUUAUCAAAUGAUAACAUUUGGAUACAUUUUGCUUGAUCAUUUUAUUCCAACUAUUUUCAUACUUAUGACUAGAAAAACGCAAGAGCUGUAUUCUCUUGCAUUUUCCAAAGUUGCUGAACUCGUUCCACAUUUGUCACCGUUACGGAUAAUGACGGACUAUGAACAAGCAUUGAUGAAUACCUUGGAAAUUCAAUAUCCUUUAGCUGAAAUUUCAGGCUGUUGGUUUCAUUACGUAAAUGCUGUGGUUAACAAGUGUAAACAUCUUGGAUUGUUUGGACUUUUAAAAUUGCAAGUUCACAGUGAUUUGAAGAAAUGGAUAAGGCUAUUAUUGUGUCUUUCUUUGCUACCGCCUCACCAUAUUCAGCCAACAUUAGGCAAUUUGAAUCCAAAUUUGUUUGUGGUAUCAUUAAGCAUAAAUGACUUCGCAAAAUGUCAAAGUUUAAUGACCUAUAUGGAAACAUUUUGGAUUGGGCGUAUUGGCAGUAACAAAAUUUCUGUUUUUGGUUGUCCCAGAAGAACGAACUCUGAUCAAGAAAGCUUCCAUGCCUCGCUUUUAAAACGAAUAAAGAUUGCUCAUCCAAACAUUUGGCUUUUUAUAAUUUCAUCAUUUACGCAAGUUCAAAUAGAGCCCUCACAGCCUAAUUCAAUUCCACCACAAGAUGAAGCCCAGCAACUUAAUGUAUCAAUACAACGGGAUGUAGCUAUAAUGCAAAAUAUAGAUGAUGUAGCUAUAGUGCAAAAUACCUUCCAACUCGGAGAAAACUUACAUAGUUCUACAGAAAUUGUUGAAGUCACGGAGACUUUAAGAGUAGUGGAUGAAACUAAUGGAACAACAUGUCCUGUUUGUUUAGAAAAUACUCCAAACUUUGCUGCUGUUCCCUGUGGACACAUGGUUUGCACAAUGUGUAUACCACAUUUACAGUUAAAAUGUCCUCGUUGCCGAGCAACAGUUCUUAUGUUUAUACAAACAUUUGCUUGA